UGACCCCAGUCUGUAAAAAGGAGGAGGCAACUCUAUCAAGCAUUUUGACUGAAUUAUGGCCCGUUUUCGACUUAGAAUAAAUGUUAAAGUUUGCGUACCACCCCAAAUAUUUUCAAAGUCCAUUGAGAUAUUGCUUUCAUAUUUUGCAUACUUGUUUACCAUCAUGACCCCAGUUUGUAAAAAGGAGGAGGCAACUCUAUCAAGCAUUUUGACUGAAUUAUGACCCCUUUUCGACUUAGAAUAUGCUUAUUGUAAUGUUAUAGUUUUACUCAUAGCUUAUAUUAUACUAUCAAGCACUGAGAAUAGUCGAGCGCGCUUUCCACUGACAGCUCUUGUUAUAACUUUACAGUUUCUAUAAUGACUUUUUAGUUUAAAAUAGAUUUCUACUUCCUUAGACAAAUUUACGCUUGUUAUAACGCCAUAAUGCGUUAGUGAAACUUCGGUACAUGACAAAUAUUUCUUUAUCUCAAAACUCACUAGAAUACAGGAUUUAGCGUUUGAAAAAUCAAAAUUUUAUUAACAGAAUUCGAACAGCCACCUGCAGGACGGCAUUGCCUUCUCACACACUAUCCCCCGUGCCUCGCCCUCCUAAAUUUUGAAAACAGUCGUACACACAUGGAAUACAUACAUAUAUUACACUCGUUAUUUACGAUUUGAAUCUUAAAAACACAAUAAUUAUAGUGGUUAUUGACUAAAAAGAGCCUCUCUAUUUUAUUUCAAUUCUUUUACAGCUUCGCCAAUAAAGGUAGCAUUUAUAUUUGGAUUUGUCACAGGAGUGAUUUUUGGUUUUUUUGGACGAGAAAUUGGACGAAUAAUAAUUCGUCUAAUUGCAGCCAUAUUAGAUAAGUAUAAACAACAGACGGCGCAAAAUGUUGUAUCGAAUGGACAACAGACGGCGCAAAAUGGAACUGUCUUUAACCAGGCAGUAGAGGGCAUAAUUUCCUAUCUGAUAGCUAUACUUACCGAAUUUGACAGUUUGUUUCCCGGGCUAAAGACAUACUUGAACUGUCAAACAGAAAUAGAAGAAAAUGAUAUUAAAAAACUGAUGGAAGCUGUUAUCCCAGGUUUGCCAGGCUACAGUGACAAGUUACGUGUAGCCAACUUCUGUGCAUUGAUCGUAGAAUUUCUGAAGCAGAAAAAAGAGAUCACACCCGCAACUGUAAACGGUCUUAACAAAAAGGUUAAUGAUCUUACUCGACUCUGCUUUAAAGCAGACAUGCUGUUGAUAUAUGCAGAAGACGACAUUGAGCUAGCCACGACGACACAAUCGGAUAUACAAAAUGCAAAUGUACAAGGCAAUGGUAUUUCAGUAGAGCUUGUUGACAGUUUUGGAACUGGUAAACCAAAGUUAUCGGGAUUGAAAAAUGUCUUCAAAGAGUAUAUUUAUGUAUGCAUCGUUGUAACAAAGAAACUGAAUUACGACGAAAUUGCGCGUUUCACUGGCGAAAUGUUACUCGUAGAUUCGCUUUAUAAUGCUAAAGGAAGAGUCAUUUCAGUUGUAACCCCAGAUAGAAAACAUGAAUACAACGCGCAUAUUGAAUAUAAAACACUUAAACCAUUGAGAUACGACCGCGGAACGGACCAUGCUACUGAGCAGUUGAAAUUGCUAAUCCAGGACGCAAGCGAAACGGUUUUCAAGAAACCGAAUGCCAACGAGUGAAAAUUCAGAAUCUUAUAACAUUGAAACUUGGUCAAUAUCAUCAGUUGUGCUUAUCUCAAAUUAUAGGUUUUUUAUAGAGCAAGCUGUGUAUGUACUGUCGAAAAUGACUUUGUUCAUAAAUCUGUCUUCAGAAAAUUUUACAAGAUUGGAUUGUGUUUGCCUUUUGUCCAGUCAGUUUUAAUUGUGUAAUGAUCAAAUGGAUAGUUUUUAUUAUUUUAACAUGAGCAUAUUUUGGGUGUUUGAACAUUAAGUAAUAUAUUUGAAAUGUUAUACAACAGUAUAUAGAAAUAUAUUAAAGUUACAUAAGAAAUAUGUUGUAAACCUUAAAGGGAUGAGAGAGAGAGAGAGAGAGAGAGAGAGAGUGUGUGUGUGCGUGUGCGUGUGCGUGUGCGUGUGUGUACGUGAAGCAAGCGAGUUUAACUUCUCUUAUAAUUUAGCUGACUAAGAUUUGGAGUAAAAUUAAAAUCAGCAUUUACUUGAUGUGAUCAAAUAAAGGGAUAACGUUUUGAAUUGUUUGUUAUCCCCCGACGAAAGUCGGAGGGAUAUAGUUUUGGCGUUGUCCGUCCGUCCGUCCGUCCUUCCGUCCGUCUUUCCGUCCGUCCGUCCGUCCUUCCGUCUUUCCGUUCGUCCGUCCGUCCGUCCGGAGCCAUAUCUCGGAAACAGUUGGGAAUAUUUAUUUAAAACUUCAUAUACAUGUUCACCACAAUGAGUUCUUGCGGCCCGUCAAGUUUCAGUCAGAUUGCCCAAGUAACACCAGAGUUAUGGCCCUUAGAAGUUUCUAGUGUUAACUAUAAAGGAUAGUAUAAAUAUGGCAAUUUCUGCAUCAUAACUUUUGAUAUAUUUGACCUAGAACUAUGAAACUUAAACAGAAUUUAGAUCACCAUAAUGUGGUUGUGUACACACAAUUUCAUUUGGAUUUAUUUGUAAAUUAAGAGUUAUUGCCCUUUAAUUGUAUAAAAAUCCACAUAUUUGUACAUAACAAACUUACCAUUUGGUAGAAUUUCAUUAAAUUUCUUUCAUUCUUUUCCAUGAACAUUUAUUGUAAACAUGUGAAGUUGUGUACCCACACCUGGUCACCCCCUUACCUUGAUCACACACCUCCCCCACUAUCCCUCGACACCCCCCCCCCCAAAAAAAAAAAAAAAAAUCAUUCCUUACUUUAGAUUUUUUUCAAACAAACUUCAUAUACAUGUUCACCACUAUGAGGUUAUGGGGCCCAUCAAGUUUCAGACAGAUUGCCCAAGUAACACCAGAGUUAUGGCCCUUAGACGUUUAGGGUACUAUAGAUCUAUAGAUAUGCCAAUUUCUGCAUCAUAACUUUUGAUAUAUUUGACCUAGAACUAUGAAACUUUAACAGAAUUUAGAGCACUAUAAUGUGGUUGUGCACAGACAAUUUUGGACGGAUUUCUUUUUGUAACUUCAGAGUUAUUGCCCUUUAAUUGUCUAAAAAUUAACAUAUUUGUACAUAACAAACUUACCAUUUGGCAGAAUUUCAUUAAAUUUCUUUCAUUCUUUUCUGUGAACAUUUAUUAUAAACAUGUGAAGUUGCGCACCCACACCUGGUCACCCACUUGCCUUGGUCACACCCCCUCCCCCUCCCAACCCCCCCCCCCCCCCCCUCUCCCAAUUUUUUUUUUUUAUUUCUUAUUUUAGAUUUUUUUUCAAACCUUCCAAGUUGUACCAUUCCCCCACCUCACUUCUCCACCCAGUCAUGCCCACCACUGAUCAUGCAUCCUCUGCCCCCCCCCCCUCCAACUUCACCCUUUUACUUUUUUUUUUUUCAUUUUUAAUUUUCAAUCAAUAUUUAUAAUCAGCAUGUGAAAUUUUGUUUCCUCUCCCGUUCCCCUGCACCCCCACCCCCUAAAAAAAUAUAUAUUUCCAUUCCUUUUUUUUUUUAAAUGUUCAAACCUUCAACAUGUUAAGUUGUGACUGCACAAACCUUGCCCUCAGCCAUGUUCAAGAUAUCUUACCUGUGUUCUCUUAAGGACAUCUGAUCUUUUAAGUUCAAAUGUACAUGUAAAACAGCAACACCUGGUGCCAAACCACUCAAAGACAAUAUUUCUUUCCAGUUAAACUUCAAGCUCACAUUUCAAUUAACUGCAUUUAAUUUUAAAAGCUAACCUUAUUACAGUAAGCAUAUCCCAUUCAAAAUAAAUUCUUUAGUCAGGAUCAAAGUAUCAUACAUUUAUUAUGUACUCUUUAAUUAAACAUUUGUUUUCUGUUAAAUUGAUUUUGACUAAUGAAAUUAUUUGCUUCUUAUUAACAUCCUUAACUUUUUGCCGGAUAUAUCUUUUUGCCAUUCCUCACCACAAACCCUUUCGGCGGGGGAUACCAAUUCAUCGAAUUUGCUUGUUUACUUAUUGAACGAGGCGAAUACCAAAGUUUACGCAAUUAGUUUCGUGAGCAACACAAACUGUGUCAUUAAACAUUAUUUGGCAGUUUUAGAUUUAUUUAUUAUAUCAGUACCCUGCUCUGCAAUGUUUUAUUCGACUUGAGUGGAUUUUCCAGGCUUUGAUCCCACAGGGCGUUAUCCGGUCUGACAAAAAUCACGAGAGCCGAUGCAUCCUUGCAGAUCAAGGUAUUGCUUUAUUUACCCUUGUAUUACAUACAUACAUGUAUAUUGGUGCCUAAUGCUACUUAUAUCAGCCAAAGUGGACUUUAACGCUUGACAAAUAAAACGGAAAGGCUGUUUGAAACAGUGAAUUGUUGUUACGUCCCAAAAUAGCUGAAUAUUUAUUUUUUUAUUAAAAGAAAGCCUAAUACAUGCGUGAUUUUUAAAAUUAAUUGAGCCAAAUAUUGGUUUCAGGACACUAAAUUUUGUGCCAAAACUAGCUUACAUAGUACUCCCACUGAGACCUUUCCAAAAAUUACCAGAAUGCGACGGACCCGUAAUAAUUGUAUAAUUACAUAGCAUAAGAUUUAGACGUGCACAGUUGUGUUAAGAAGAGUGUCUCAUCACGGGAUAUGCGAGCAUAAUCUAGACGGAUGGAUUACCGUUUCCUUUCUGAUUACAUUCCGAUACCUGUAGAAAUAGUUUACACCUGUGCACUUUUAAGGAGCUAGGGAAAUCGAUUCAAGCAUGUAAUUUAUGUUACACACCGUCCGCAGCCAUUUCACAGUAACUAGCAAGUAGAAUUUCAUGAAAUUUGAAAUAAAGAUGAACCAACAUACUGUGAUUAUGCCCGACAAGAUUUUUUUUGGAUUGGUCCAUUUCCCUUAGAGUUAUUGCCCUUGGUUUAAUGAAAAAUGCCCAAAAAUGUCUUUUUGCAGCCAUUUCUCAGUAACUAUCAGAUAGAAUUUCAUAACACUUGGAAUAAACAUGAACCAGCAUACUGCGCUGAUGCCCGUCAAUUUUCUUUUUUUUUUUUUUGGAUUCAGUUUCCCUUAGAGUUAUUGCCCUUUAAUUGUUAAAAAUCCACAGAUUUGUACAUUAGAAACCAACCAAUUGGUAGAAUCUCAUUAAAUUUCCAUGAACAUUUAUUAUAAACAUUUGAAGCUGUGUAACCACACCUGGUCACCACCUUGCCUUGGUCCCCACCCCACCCAAAAAAAAAGAGAAAAAUUCAUUUUUUUUUUCAAAUCUUCCAUGAAUAUUUUAUCAACAUGCAAGGUUGUACCAUUGCCCCACCUCACUAUCCACUCAGUCAUGCCCACCAUCCCGAUCAUGCAUCCGCCCCGCACCCACCCCCACCAAUUUUUUUUUUUCAUUUUUAAUUUUCCAUCAAUAUUUAUAAUCAACAUGUAAAGUUUUGUACCCGCACCUGGUCCCCCCCCCUGCCCCCCCCCCCCCC